CCCCCGGCAAGGCCUCAUCAUGCAAUGCUCUCAUCCGCAGACCACCCUUCCCUAGCCCACUUUGUCAUCUUCAACCCCACUCUUGCACGCAAGCCUCCCAAAGUUACUCCAGAUGCACAUGCUCUUGCACAUUCCUCACCUUCUCCAAAGGCCAAACACCACCCAGUCGCUGCCGCCGAACAAGACCGCGACCGCGACCGCGACCGCGAUCUUGAGGAUGACCUCCGCGAGGCAGCACAGAUAGUCUUCUACACCGCCCGCGAAGCAGGCGGUGUAAGUCGCGAUCGUAUGCUCAGGCAGGUCGGCCUCGCCAAAGGUCUCAUGGGGUUUGCCGACAUGGUUGCGGCCGAAGACAACGCGCCUUACUGGGCCAUCCACGCCGCUCACCAGCGCCUCCUCGUCUACUCACCCGAGCCAAACUGGUUCAUUUACAUUAAUGUUGCUUUGCCUCGUGAGGUCAAGGACAAAGACAAGGAGGUUGCCAAAGACGCGCCACCUCCGCCGCCUCCGCCGUCCGACGGCAUGUUGAUCGAGGGCCUGCGGCGAGGAUACGAUGACUUUUGUCUCCUUCAUGCCUCCCUCGAGUCCCACCUCCCACCCACUCCGGCGUUCGCGUCCCUUCUCGAGCGCUACUGGACGCGUUUCGCUUUCGCCCUUGAAGCAGCGUACAUGAGCCCGGGGCCUUCAGAUCCACUGCAUAUGUGGCUGGGCGGUUAUCCGGCCGAGCUGGAAGAUGUCGCGCUCCGUGAGGCGCUCAACUCGCUGGUCGAAGGCGAAGGGGAAGCCGGCGCGGGCCUCGUUUCCCCCAAGCGACCCCUCAUGGUUGCUGGAGCUACCCCGCGCGGUUCAGAGGGCGAAGCGCUCGUCCGCUUCCUCCUCGCUCGUCUCGUCGCUCUUCCCCAGCCGCCUGCGCCCAAGCCAGAGCGCCACUCGCUAGGUUUCGGUUUCAGAAGAAAGCCGCCGCCACUGAAGAAGGACCUCCUCAAGGUGGUGGAGGCGGAUACGCGGAGGACGUCGUGGGGCCUGGCUUCCCCGUUAUCUUGGGUCGGCUUUGCUGCGUCCGCACCCGCGUCGAGGUCGGCGACGCCUGCGCCUGUGCCGACGCCCACGCCGACGGUCGGCCCGUCGGGGCUAAGCAAGAGCGUGGAUGAGAGGGAGAAGCCGGAGCGAUCAGCACCUAGACCGACCGGGGCGACACACAAGCCACGCUGGCCCAGCUUGGGUAUCUCGUUCGGCGAUGCCGUGGGCAAUGUCGGUGCGGUGUUUGGCCUGAGCUCGUCGCCAAAGCCUGAGAGCAGACUCAGCCAGGAGAUUGGACGAAGCGGGGCUGCGACACCUGCUCAUAGCGAUGUCAGUGACGCCAAGGCGGAUUCAGUGGAAGAGGAGGCAAAGGAGCGGGACGAUUUUAAGUUUUCGUCGGCUGAGCACGAAGGGGAAGUCGCGAAGGCUGAGAAGGGUGAAGAGGACGUCAAGGUGGAGGACGACAGGACGAACACCGCGGACGGCCAGACUUCAGCAAUGCGUCCAGAUAAACAGCAGGCGGAUGCAGAAGGGGGAGCAACUCUUGGACCGACGGCUGCGGACGGCGAGCUCUCGUCCUCUUUGCAGCUUGCGUCUGCGGCCGAGGAUCAUCCCGCAGGUAUAGCUGCGACGCCUCUGGAAACGACACCUGGCGAUACCCAAAAACCAACACCCGUUCCGGCUUCGAUCGAAUUGCCCGCUGAGCCAGCCUCUGCCCCCGAAGAAUCCACUCCAGCCUCCAGCGAGCACGCUGCUCACCUCGCAGCAGAGCCGCCAUCUCCUACUCGACCCCGUUCGCUCGCCGCAAGCUUGGACGACGGGGCCUCCGUGACAGGCUCGCAACCAUCCGUGGCCGACCUCGACGCCGCGAUACACUCUGACGUCGAGAUGGCAUGGGAGAGCCGCGCGAUCUAUCUCGCGGGGCGGCGGCGGCGGCUAUUCUGGGUGACACGCGAAUCCACGCUCCUGUUCUUCAUCUGCCCGCACGGAGACGAGCAUGAUCUCCAGGAUCACGACUCGCUUCCCACCGCCACGGCGGUGCUGCGCGUCUUUGCGGCCUACGCCCUCCUCGCGGACAAGGAGGAGGAGAGGAGGGAGACCAAGCCCGAGACGACGGUGUUCCACGCGGAUAACAUCACCGAGACCUGUGGGAGCAUGGACACUGCGGAAUCGGGCACGCUCGCGGCGCUGCGCGCGAUGGUGCUGGGCGGCGUCGGCGAGGUGUUGGCGCAGACGGCUAGCGGGAAGUUUGCGAUCGGGAAGCGCGGCGAAGAGGACGGGGAGAUGUACGCGCUCACGGGGCGCAACGCGAGCCUGACAGAUGCGGAGCGCGUCGUUCGCGAGUUUGCGCUGCUGCGUCCGGAGUUUACAUAAAUUUGUAGCAAUCUGUAGCGAUAUGCACGCACGACUGUGUAUUCGGGA